AUGCUGCUGCAUUUUGACAACCACAAGACUUCAUUGCGUUUUCUCCUCACCUCCUCACCUCCCCACCUCCCUCCCUCGCACCCUAAAAAGAAAAAGAAAUCCCACCCCGAUGCCCCCCAAAUGGAUGUAGCUCAGCAGAGGGGUGAUCUGUCCAAGCGAGAGGAGCCCGGGAGAGAAAAAAGAGGAAAACCCCGGAGAGAUGUCGUGUCUACGCAGCAGCUGUCCCACGUCUCCAAAGGGACCAGCGCGCACCCACGUCUCGCGUUCAGGUGGGGAGGACCCAGAGCAGGUGGGGAGGACCAAGAGGAGGUGGGGAGGACCCAGAGGAGGUGGGGAGGACCCAGAGCAGGUGGGGAGGACCAAGAGGAGGUGGGGAGGACCAAGAGGAGGUGGGGAGGACCAAGAGGAGGUGGGGAGGACCCAGAGCAGGUGGGGAGGACCCAGAGGAGGUGGGGAGGACCAAGAGGAGGUGGGGAGGACCCAGAGCAGGUGGGGAGGACCAAGAGGAGGUGGGGAGGACCAAGAGGAGGUGGGGAGGACCCAGAGCAGGUGGGGAGGACCCAGAGCAGGUGGGGAGGACCCAGAGGAGGUGGGGAGGACCAAGAGGAGGUGGGGAGGACCCAGAGCAGGUGGGGAGGACCAAGAGGAGGUGGGGAGGACCAAGAGGAGGUGGGGAGGACCCAGAGCAGGUGGGGAGGACCAAGAGGAGGUGGGGAGGACCAAGAGGAGGUGGGGAGGACCCAGAGCAGGUGGGGAGGACCCAGAGCAGGUGGGGAGGACCAAGAGGAGGUGGGGAGGACCAAGAGGAGGUGGGGAGGACCCAGAGAGGUGGGGAGGACCAAGAGGAGGUGGGGAGGACCAAGAGGAGGUGGGGAGGACCCAGAGCAGGUGGGGAGGACCCAGAGGAGGUGGGGAGGACCAAGAGGAGGUGGGGAGGACCCAGAGCAGGUGGGGAGGACCCAAGAGGAGGUGGGGAGGACCAAGAGGAGGUGGGGAGGACCCAGAGAGGUGGGGAGGACCCAGAGCAGGUGGGGAGGACCCAGAGGAGGUGGGGAGGACCAAGAGGAGGUGGGGAGGACCCAGAGCAGGUGGGGGGAGGACCCAAGAGGAGGUGGGGAGGACCCAGAGGAGGUGGGGAGGACCCAGAGGAGGUGGGGAGGACCAGAGGAGGUGGGGAGGACCCAGAGCAGGUGGGGAGGACCCAGAGGAGGUGGGGAGGACCAAGAGGAGGUGGGGAGGACCCAGAGCAGGUGGGGAGGACCCAGAGCAGGUGGGGAGGACCCAGAGGAGGUGGGGAGGACCCAGAGGAGGUGGGGAGGACCCAGAGGAGGUGGGGAGGACCCAGAGCAGGUGGGGAGGACCCAGAGCAGGUGGGGAGGACCCAGAGGAGGUGGGGAGGACCAAGAGGAGGUGGGGAGGACCCAGAGCAGGUGGGGAGGACCCAGAGCAGGUGGGGAGGACCCAGAGCAGGUGGGGAGGACCAAGAGGAGGUGGGGAGGACCCAGAGCAGGUGGGGAGGACCCAGAGGAGGUGGGGAGGACCCAGAGGAGGUGGGGAGGACCCAGAGCAGGUGGGGAGGACCCAGAGGAGGUGGGGAGGACCCAGAGGAGGUGGGGAGGACCAAGAGGAGGUGGGGAGGACCCAGAGCAGGUGGGGAGGACCCAGAGCAGGUGGGGAGGACCAAGAGGAGGUGGGGAGGACCCAGAGCAGGUGGGGAGGACCCAGAGGAGGUGGGGAGGACCCAGAGGAGGUGGGGAGGACCCAGAGCAGGUGGGGAGGACCCAGAGGAGGUGGGGAGGACCAAGAGGAGGUGGGGAGGACCCAGAGCAGGUGGGGAGGACCCAGAGCAGGUGGGGAGGACCCAGAGGAGGUGGGGAGGACCCAGAGGAGGUGGGGAGGACCCAGAGGAGGUGGGGAGGACCCAGAGCAGGUGGGGAGGACCCAGAGCAGGUGGGGAGGACCCAGAGGAGGUGGGGAGGACCAAGAGGAGGUGGGGAGGACCCAGAGCAGGUGGGGAGGACCCAGAGCAGGUGGGGAGGACCCAGAGGAGGUGGGGAGGACCCAGAGGAGGUGGGGAGGACCAGAGGAGGUGGGGAGGACCCAGAGCAGGUGGGGAGGACCCAGAGCAGGUGGGGAGGACCCAGAGGAGGUGGGGAGGACCCAGAGCAGGUGGGGAGGACCCAGAGAGGUGGGGAGGACCCAGAGGAGGUGGGGAGGACCCAGAGCAGGUGGGGAGGACCCAGAGGAGGUGGGGAGGACCAAGAGGAGGUGGGGAGGACCCAGAGCAGGGGAGAGGACCCAGAGCAGGUGGGGAAGGACCCAGAGACAUUGGACCAUAGGAGGUGGGAGGACCCAGAGAGGGUGAGAGGAGGGCUAUUUAGUGUAGGGGAACCAGAGGACCCGGAGGGGGAGGAACAGAGGAGGUGGGGAGGACCAGAGCAGGUGGGGAGGACCCAGAGCAGGUGGGGAGACCAGGCGGUUCGACCCAGAGGAGGUGGAGGAGGCAAGAGGUGGGAUCCACUCAGCACCGUGGGGAGGCCGAGCAGGUGGGGAGGACCAGCAGGUGGGGAGGACCCAGAGGAGGUGGGGAGGACCCAGAGCAGGUGGGGAGGACCCAGAGGAGGUGGGGAGGACCCAGAGGAGGUGGGGAGGACCCAGAGCAGGUGGGGAGGACCCAGAGAAGGUGGGGAGGACCCAGAGGAGGUGGGGAGGACCAAGAGGAGGUGGGGAGGACCCAGAGGAGGUGGGGAGGACCAAGAGGAGGUGGGGAGGACCCAGAGGAGGUGGGGAGGACCAGAAGGACCCAGAGCAGGUGGGGAGGACCCAGAGGAGGUGGGGAGGACCCAGAGAAGGUGGGGAGGACCAGGACCCAGAGCAGGUGGGGAGGACCCAGAGCAGGUGGGGAGGACCCAGAGGAGGUGGGGAGGACCCAGAGGAGGUGGGGAGGACCCAGAGGAGGUGGGGAGGACCCAGAGAAGGCAAGAGGGGGAGGACCCAGAGGAGGUGGGGAGGACCAGAGGAGGGGGGAGGACCCAGAGCAGGUGGGGAGGACCCCAGAGGCAGGUGGGGAGGACCCAGAGCAGGUGGGGGGAGGACCCAGAGGAGGUGGGGAGGACCCAGAGGAGGUGGGGAGGACCCAGAGAAGGUGGGGAGGACCAGGACCCAGAGCAGGUGGGGAGGACCAGGACCCAGAGGAGGUGGGGAGGACCAGGACCCAGAGAAGGUGGGGAGGACCAGGACCCAGAGCAGGUGGGGAGGACCAGGACCCAGAGGAGGUGGGGAGGACCAGGACCCAGAGGAGGUGGGGAGGACCAAGAGGAGGUGGGGAGGACCCAGAGGAGGUGGGGAGGACCAAGAGGAGGUGGGGAGGACCCAGAGGAGGUGGGGAGGACCCAGAGAAGGUGGGGAGGACCAGGACCCAGAGCAGGUGGGGAGGACCAGGACCCAGAGAAGGUGGGGAGGACCAGGACCCAGAGAAGGUGGGGAGGACCAGGACCCAGAGCAGGUGGGGAGGACCAGGACCCAGAGGAGGUGGGGAGGACCAAGAGGAGGUGGGGAGGACCCAGAGGAGGUGGGGAGGACCAAGAGGAGGUGGGGAGGACCCAGAGAAGGUGGGGAGGACCCAGAGGAGGUGGGGAGGACCAAGAGGAGGUGGGGAGGACCCAGAGGAGGUGGGGAGGACCCAGAGGAGGUGGGGAGGACCAGGACCCAGAGCAGGUGGGGAGGACCCAGAGGAGGUGGGGAGGACCCAGAGAAGGUGGGGAGGACCAGGACCCAGAGCAGGUGGGGAGGACCCAGAGCAGGUGGGGAGGACCCAGAGGAGGUGGGGAGGACCAAGAGGAGGUGGGGAGGACCCAGAGGAGGUGGGGAGGACCCAGAGGAGGUGGGGAGGACCAGGACCCAGAGCAGGUGGGGAGGACCCAGAGGAGGUGGGGAGGACCCAGAGAAGGUGGGGAGGACCAGGACCCAGAGCAGGUGGGGAGGACCCAGAGCAGGUGGGGAGGACCCAGAGGAGGUGGGGAGGACCAAGAGGAGGUGGGGAGGACCCAGAGGAGGUGGGGAGGACCCAGAGAAGGUGGGGAGGACCCAGAGGAGGUGGGGAGGACCAGGACCCAGAGCAGGUGGGGAGGACCCAGAGCAGGUGGGGAGGACCCAGAGCAGGUGGGGAGGACCCAGAGGAGGUGGGGAGGACCCAGAGGAGGUGGGGAGGACCCAGAGAAGGUGGGGAGGACCAGGACCCAGAGCAGGUGGGGAGGACCAGGACCCAGAGGAGGUGGGGAGGACCAGGACCCAGAGAAGGUGGGGAGGACCAGGACCCAGAGCAGGUGGGGAGGACCAGGACCCAGAGGAGGUGGGGAGGACCAGGACCCAGAGGAGGUGGGGAGGACCAAGAGGAGGUGGGGAGGACCCAGAGGAGGUGGGGAGGACCAAGAGGAGGUGGGGAGGACCCAGAGGAGGUGGGGAGGACCCAGAGAAGGUGGGGAGGACCAGGACCCAGAGCAGGUGGGGAGGACCAGGACCCAGAGAAGGUGGGGAGGACCAGGACCCAGAGAAGGUGGGGAGGACCAGGACCCAGACCAGAGGAGGUGGGGAGGACCAAGAGGAGGUGGGGAGGACCCAGAGGAGGUGGGGAGGACCAAGAGGAGGUGGGGAGGACCCAGAGAAGGUGGGGAGGACCCAGAGCAGGUGGGGAGGACCCAGAGCAGGUGGGGAGGACCAGGACCCAGAGCAGGUGGGGAGGACCCAGAGCAGGUCACUAAAUGGUUUUGUGGGCGAGGACUUGUAACCAGCGAGAUGCUGCUUGUACUACUGCUGGCAGCGCUGUCGUCCUGCGUCCCGGCCUCCCUCUCCUCCUCCCUCUCCUCCUCCCUCUCCUUCUCCCCCGCCGACAGCCCCACCAUGUCAGACCCCUCCUCCCCGGAGCCCGUGGCCGAGACCUGCUCCGUCUGCGGCUGCAUGUCUGUGGAAAACGUCCUCUACGUCAACUGCGAGAAGCUAACGGUGUACCGCCCCACGCAACUGAUUCCUCCAGUUUCGCAGCUCUAUCAUUUGAACUUUCAGUACAACAUUUUGAACAUCCUCUACCCAAACUCUUUUCCAAACUUCACCCACGCCGUGUCGCUCCAUCUGGGAAACAACAACCUCCAAAACAUCGAAGGAGGAGCGUUUUCCGGGAUGAGUUCGUUGAAACAGCUGCAUUUGAACAACAACGAGCUGAAAGUCCUCAGAGCGGACACGUUCAUCGGAGUGGAGAGCUUGGAAUACCUCCAGGCUGACUACAACUUGAUCAAAUACAUUGAGAAGGGAGCGUUCAACAAACUUCAUAAGCUAAAAGUGCUAAUUCUCAAUGAUAAUCUAGUACAAGCGCUACCAGACAACAUCUUUCGGUUUGCUUCACUGACGCAUCUGGAUAUAAGAGGAAACAGGAUCCAGAAAAUCCCGUACAUAGGAGUCUUGGAGCACAUUGGGCGCAUUGUGGAGCUGCAGCUGGACGAUAACCCGUGGAAUUGUACCUGUGACUUGGCACCGCUGAAAGCAUGGCUCGAGAACAUGCCCUAUAACAUUUUUAUCGGGGAAGCGGUUUGUGAAACGCCAAACGAUUUGUACGGACGGCUGUUGAAAGAGACCAACAAACAAGAACUGUGCCCGAUGGGAACCACUAGUGACUUUGACGUGAGGAUGCCGCCUUUGCCAGUAUUUGUCUUGCGGCGGAAUAAGAAACCAGCUGGGAGGCAAGAGGGACUAGGCAAUCAAGAAUGUGGCUCAAUGUCUUUGCAACUUCGCAGACAUAACCACAAAAAAUGCGCCAUGCCCGGUGACGAUCUGGGAGGAGAGACGUUCAUUCCGCAAACCAUAGAGCAUAUUGGAAAGAGCCACACAUGCGGGAUGGGAAGGAACUCAGACAUGGAUGCCGGGUUCAAAUUUGUCGAUUCGCAGAGGCAAAAGAUUAUCCUGCGAACCUGCGACAAGGACAAAGAAGCUCUAUCCACGCUGGAACGCGACAAAAGACUCAGCACCAUCGACGAACUGGAGGAGUUUCUUCCCAACAGAGAGCCAAGCAUGUUUAUUCAAAAUUUCCUUGACAGAAAAAGUGAUUUUAACAGCAUAGGCAUGGGAGGGUAUGAGAUACGCUAUCCGGACAGUAGGAGUCUGGAUAGAAAGAUGAAAAAAACUUCGCUUAUUGGUGGCAAUCAUAGCAAAAUUGUGGUGGAGCAAAGGAAAAGUGAGUAUUACGAGUUGAAAGCCAAGCUCCAGGGCACACCUGACUACCUACAGGUGCUGGAGGAGCAGACUGCGUUGAGCAAAAUGUAA